UGCUGUCAAGGUUUCUCCGCAGCGCCAGAGAUAUAUGACGAGUCGUGUUUUUACAUAUAUAGUACCUAUAUAGCUGUGAUUUCUCUAUAACUUGCUGAGGGAAUGUUUCGUUGUUGACACGAGAACGGUCGUGAGCAUUACAGGACUGGAACCCUAACCUUUAGAUUUGAGUAAUAAAAUGUUAACAAAACGAAUUGUCAAUUUGUCUGUCAAGUGCAGAAAACUAUUUUCUGCAUCUAACUCACAUAUAGUUGGUGGUUUAUAUCAAGUUAAUGAUUUUAGAGAUCAUGCCAAAUUGAUGUCAAGUAGAGAUGAUAGAAGCCCUACAACUCAAUAUAAGGUGUUUGAGCCUAAAAGUUCAUCGAUAGUUGUGAAUUUAUUAGAGUUUAACUUCAAUGAUUCUAAUUUAAACAGUUCCGAUAUUAUCAAAGCAUUGGUACAGUUAGUGAAGUUAUGCAAACAACAAUCAUGCUCACCAGAUAAAGUAGUACAUGAAGAUUUUUUCAAAAAUUUGUGUGAUUUGAUUAAUUCACAGUCUGACAAUAUGACACUCCCUGAUACUGUACAAAUUAUAAAGCUCUUACACAAAUUAAGACUACAUAACUCAUCAAAAACUUUGUCAUAUCUUUUACAACAUCUUGAUACACUAGUGAAUCAAGCUUCAUUAGCAGAUUAUAAUAAAAUAUUGUCUGUAAUUAUGCAAAUGCCAUCUGUUCCAUUAGCACAAGCGAUUAAAACCCGCUUGAUACAAAAGUUUCUUUUCAAAAUAUCUACAGGUUUUGAUGGAAACAACUUUGAGUUUUUAACAGAAGCUUUCAGAUUUGCUUGCUUCAACAUACAAGAUAAAAAAAUUUUGAAUAUAAUAACUCAUGCAAUUAAAAAUAGUAAUUUUGACAUACAAUCACCAUAUAAUAUUCUAUCAUUAUUAAAAACUUUGAAUGUAUCAAAUCAUUAUUCAAUGGAAUUUGAAGAAAUUCUCAUAAAAGCUCAAAAUGCUUUAAUUGUAAACAUAGACCAAUGUAACAGUAAAGACAUUUCAAUAAUGUUAAGCAUGUCUGCUAGGAAAGAAAAAUUCAGCAGAUUGAAACAGUUUUAUAACAAGACACUAUAUGAUAAAAUUAUUCAAAAAUUAAUAUCAGCUGAGUGUAAUUUAUCAGAAGGCAUAGAUUGUUUAAAUGCAAUUAUCAGUGUGAAACACACAAGUAAAGAAUUAUUAGACUACUUGUCUGGUAAAAUUUACGUAGAAAAAGAAAUUGAUAGGAAUACGAUUAAAAGUUAUGUAUCAUUCUCAAUGCUUGAAGGAUUUGCUAAUCUUAAGUAUAAACCAAUUUGGUGGGAAACAUUUGAAGAUCUUUUUAGAAAUAUUGAUUUUAACAAAUAUAACAUGGAGACAUUGUUAUAUAGAGCUUAUCAUAUGGCAUGCCUUGAUUAUUAUCAGCCUGAACUGUUGGAAAUUCUUUUUAAGAGAAGCUUUAACUUUAGAGGCAGAUAUACAACACAUCAUACUUUUUUACGAUUGUAUCAAAAAUUGAAGACGGUGCCAGGUUACACUGGCCCAUUGCCAUCACAAUUACAGAUUCAAUCGUUUGAAACUUUGACACGUACGGUUACGGCUUAUCCUAUAUAUACAAAUCUCAAGGAAGCCUUAGGUGGUGCUGAAUAUGUGAAAACCAAUGUUCGAACUAAAUUAUAUCAUCAAAUUGAUCAUGUCAUAGCUAUUCAGCCUGGAGGUGAUCCAUUUGCUAUUAAUAGUAUUAAAAAACAAGAAUCUGCUGAGAACUAUAAUAGUUUAUCAAUGGAAUAUUUAGAAGAUUUGAACAUUCCUGAAAAUUGUCAAGUUAUUGCUGUAAUUUGUGUACCUACCAAGUGGUAUGCUAGAAAUACAGAUCAAAUAUUAGGAACAUUUGCAACUUACAUUGAAACUUUAGAAACAUUAUCUUGCCAAGUGAUAACAAUAUCUGACAGUAUAUGGCAAUCUUUACCAAAAGACUCUAGAACUGCUUUUCUGAUGGAUGCUAUUAAAAGUAAAUUAAAUGAUAACAAACAGAAUGUUGAACUUGUAUAUUAGAAUAUAUUGGACUGACAAAAUGUAAGACAUAUGUUGUACAUUGAAUAUUUCAUUAAAUGAAAUAUUAGUUGUAUGCAUUGGACAAUAUUAGAAAAAUAAUUGUGCAAUACAAGCAACGACCA